GGUUGCACAUCGUUUACGGAUUUAGUUAGUAUAGGGCUGUGCCGCAGACCACACGUAGCUUGAGAAGCACUCGCCGCCACGAUACGUCACCAUUUCCGGUGGGAACCCGCGUGCCAGGAUGAGCAAAAAAUCGCACGAAUCUCGCUGCGUUUGAGUCGUAGCUGCAGGAAGAGUAAAUAUAUUAUACAGUGGUCGUGUGUCCGGAGCUCUGCUUUUUUGUGUUUUCUAGCAUCGUAACAACGUUUUGAAUGUUUCAUUUCCCAUUCCAGCUAAGGUGAAAGUGAAUUUAGUAUAUCUAGCAUAAAACGCCACACAAGAAUAAAAAAAACGAUACGAUGUGCUACGAUAAAUUGCUGGACAAGUGUUGAGCCCGAGUGUGGUACCCUUUCCCCCCUGAGCCGCGCAGUGGUUAGAAUCAAGUCGUGAUUAUAAACAUGUAACAACCUUCCUGUAUGUGUGUUGUCUCCCGUCUCAGCUAAAAGACAACCGAAACCGAGCAGCACAGGCCACGCACACCCGUUUCAUGCUUCCCGGAUGCGCCGCUAAGGCGCCACCACACCCUUCGCACACCGCACACGCACCCUCGCUCCCCUUUCCCCCUCCUCAUGAGCGACCGAUGCAAGGAAAAGCUCCCGAACCCUGCUUCACGUGGUGGUUAGCAAGCGGCACCGUUUGCCUAUAAAUAGUGGCAUAAUUGGUUUACUGUGUGUGGGUGUGUAUGGGGAAGCGAUUGGGCUCAAAAUAGGCCCCAGGAGUCCGGGUCGCACCAGCAGGGAAAGGAAAAGAAGGGAGAAAAACAGAAAAACAACAACAACCCCGCUGACUCCCGGAGGAGCGGCGGCAUGGAUUGUUGCAGCAGCACUACUACUGCCAGCUACGCAGACUACAGGCAGCACGCGAUGAACGGUAACUUCUGCUACCCGUACGCGCCCAGCAUGCUGCGCAGUGCGUCACCGUACACGUUGGCUGGCGGCGGCGGCGGUGGAGGCGCCCGGUACGGCACUAGCUAUCGAUCUUCCCCGCUGCCGGGCGGCGGCGGCGGCUACCAUGGGGCCGCCUCGCCGCACGCUCCGUACGAUGGGUACGAUAAAUACUACGGCGGCGGCUACGGACAUCACGGGCCGUCGGGCUACGGCAGCGGUUACUAUGGCAACUACCAUCCGUCGGCCUACCGGGACUAUGGCCCGGGGCACUACAACGGCCACUACUACCACCAAUCACAGUCACCGUACGCUCGGGCCGGUGGUGGUGCGGCCUCGCCCAUGUACGGUGGCUACCUGUACCCAUCGGCGGCGGCGGCAGGCCGCCAUUAUGGGGCCACUUCCAGCCUGCAGCAGCAGCAGCAGCAGCAUCAUCCGUUCGGUGGGUCCCGCGACCCGUACCCCUAUCACGGGCAGCGGGAGCACCAACAGCAACAGUAUUCGAGCUUCGCCAACUACACUCACCUGCCACCGUACCGGAACGGCACGCAUCCUGAUCAUCCUGCUGGGGGGAAAUCACACCAUCACCACCCACAGCAGCAGCAGCAGCAGCAGUUUCCUUCCCACCAAAGCUUCCCAGGAAGUCACAACGAACGGGGGAUGACGACGGGUGGAGGAGGCGGCGGCGGCGGCAGCAGCAGCAGUAACAGCCACACCAGCAACGGCGGCAGCAGUGUGGUCGGUGAUGGUCCACCGUCGAACACCACCACCAAUACUGCUUCGUCCGGGUAUGGGUCACCGGGCACCGAUUACACGCUGCCCGCUUCCUCCUACAGCUCAGGGGAUAGUCCACCCCACCAGCAUCCACCAGCGGGCGGGGAAGACCGGGACGCGAGUGCUACCUCCCGCACACCCACCGCAACACCCACACCAGCAGCGGCACUCGCUCUCGGUGCAGCAACAGCAGCAGCAGCCGAGUUCCCGCUCAGCACAAAGGACACCCGUAUGCGAAAGCCCAAGGAGCGCAAGCUGCAGCGUGCCGCCAAUGGAAACGGUGGUGCAGCUGGUGGUGACAGUGGCCAUGGCAGCCGGUCCGGCAGCCCAUCGGCAACCGUGAACGGGUUAAGCAGCGGGAGCAACGGUGCGACAAGGAUGAAAUCGCUGGAUGCACUUACAAAUUUGUGCUGGCCCGAAGAGGAUCAAUUUUCUGGACGAAUGCGAAAAUACUCAACCGCCAAUGGAUCGAAAGGCAGAGAUGGAAACAACAGUAGAAAGGAAACCAACGAAUUGGAAGGUGCCCCCGCGGCGUCCCCCAGCCGAACUGCCGGCCCAACGAGACGCACGAAAAAGCAGACCAGCAAGCAGUCGAAGGAAACGAAAUCAACGUCCGCCGAAAGUAGGGAAAAGCAAACGAACAACGGUGCCACCACGGUGACGCCGCCGGUAGAAAUCAAGCACGUCACUCCGCUGCCAGGCUUCCAGCAAGCGUUCGGUUCCACCGAGAUCGGCAAAUUCUCGGAGGUGUUCUUCAACAGCAGUCCAACGUCGGCGAACCACAGUCCACCGACGCCACCGGCUCAUCACCAUCCGCUCCAGCUGCAACAAGAACAACAUCACCAGUCCGGCCAACAUCAGCAGCAGCAACAGCAGGGCCAGCAGCAGACGGGUGUGGCUCAUCAAUCCCAGCACGGCACAACCACCAUGCAGCAGCUCGUCAUGGAAUCGCUCAAUGCGUACGAAUCCGACGUGGAUACGCUAAGCCCACAGCCCUGGGAGGCGCACGGAGCGGCUCCACCGGUGGACGCGUACGACAGCACACCGGGCACCACCGGGUACGGUCUGCCGAUCAGUGCCAGCCACUUUCAUCCGUCGUACUAUGAAUCGUCAUCCUACUCCGACCAUGCCGUCGACUCGCCGCUGGGAAACUAUUUCAGCGAAAUGACAUGCAACGAGUUUGUGAACUAAAGAGAUAACCUUAACGGGGCUUAGUUGGUGAGGCUAGAUGAUUGGGACCUCGAGCCCAACAUAACGGAACGUCCAAAGGAACUGUUUGAUGAAAGCUGGAAAUACUCCCACAAACCUUGUAGCUGUAAUCCAAAGAGUUGUUUUAAUGCCAAAGGCAAAACGGAGCUCGACAAGAGGCGAAAAUGCAAAAAAUGAUAUUCCGCAACGGUGGCAAUGGAGCCGCGGGCAGAUCAGAAGUGUCAUGUAAAAUAGAUCUCAAAUUGAUUCAUGUUAGAGGCGUUAGGGUAAACGUGUCAAUAGUGGUUGUGGUGAAUCCAGUAUGCAGUGUUCUCUGACCUUCCCUAAGGUGUCGAAAACAUCAAUUUACGGCCAAUAGUAUCAAAAAAAAGGCUGAAAAGAUUACUAAUUUACAAAAAGGUAACACCAUCAUUCGAGGUUGCUUUUAGUUUCAUAUAAGCAAAGUCCCAUUUUUGACACUAUUUCUUCAAUUUUAUUAAUUUUAACAUUGCUCUGUUGUAAAACCACUGUAAACGAGAACAUGUCCAUAUUGGUUAGAGAGAAUGGAUACAAAAAACUACCAAUGUUUCUUACUGUAUCAGUAUAUGUCGGUGCAAUAGUAUUGAUUGUUAGCAGAAAAAAGGCACCCAAAUUAAUUUCGUGUUACUGAAUCAGAAAAAGUUUGAUUUUAAUCACGUGAUCCAAUUUUUCUCACCGAUAGUGGAUAAUUGAACCGUGUUUUGCAUUUCAUGGUUUGACUAUCAUAUGUGAAGGAGAAUAAUUCAAACCUACAAGAAACUGGUGUAAGAUAGGUAGCGACCUCUGCAACUCUUACAAUUAGAUCAGCAAAAUUGAAGCUUAACAUUUAUCAACAAUACUACGACAAGUUUAAUGUACUCAGCGUAAUCAGAAGCUUGGCUCAAAAAUAAUUCUUUUUCUUAUACUUGGUGUUACGUGCUACGCAAACAUGGCGGCCAGGUUUUCGAUAAUAGUACACAUUGCAUACUUACAUUUGAGCUAACUUAUCGAAAACCACUAUUUGUAUCCUAUUCAACUAUUUCUUACAUAGGCAAUAUGCAGUCAAGUCUAUUUAGAAUGCAUCUCUAAGGGACAUACAGUUUAGAAAGACAUUGUACAACGUUCUUUUAAAAGAAAGCGUCUUUACUUCUUGACGUACUUAUAGAAAGACAAAUAUGUACGGAAAACGACGAAAGCGCGAAAAUGUUCAAAUGUUCGUUGAGGCUGCAUUAGAGAUCGACUUCACUUUAUUCGAUAAGGGGUAGAAAGUCUUGACACCAGCCUGGCUGAUUAAUGAUUUAAUGAGGCUAAUUUACAAAAGAAACUUGAACACAAAACAGGACUGUGAUUGAUGCUAUCAAAGUAUGUUGAACUAUGCAAAAAAACGAUGUUUUUCUGAAAAAAUUGCACACGAAUUGGAUACGAUGUAAACAGUAACCUCUUUUUGAAUAGUUAGCUCAAAUAGUAAGUAUGCAAUUACCUAUGAAGCAUUGCUUAUUAUACUCGAACUACGAUGCCCAAUAUAAGUUUGCGACAGCACUGAGUUCAUUAAGCUUUCCGUAGCUAUCUUUAAAAUGUUAAAUCUUUUAUUUUCUCUACUAAAAUAGCAAACGUUCGAUUGCUAGUUCCAUUCUCCUGAUAAUUUGUACAAUUUUUACUUUUUCCUUCCUUUCGUGAAGCAAAUUUUCAUGGUGCAAUUUUGCACUAACGAUUAGAAAAGUGUCAUCAUGUGGUUCUUCUAAAACUCAUCUAAAACAUGUUUUAGAUAUACGUUACACUAUAAAUAUAGUUUUAUUACUCUUUUUUUAAAUAAUUAUAUACCCGUUUCAACAACGAUAAACUACACCACCGUUGGCAUAUUUACCCCGUUAGCCUAGAUCGAUUUAAAACAAGAUGGAAAAAGGAAACUGCAGAGUGAAAUGAUGCAAAGCCAAAGUUAGUUAAAGUUCAUGCAUUAGACAUAUUACCUAUAUACCUAUUGUAAGAGCGAUGUUCAACCUACUAGCAUCAACAUCGUUACGUGUUUUGUACAUAACAUGCGUUAGAGCACAUCCGUCACCAACUCGACAUAUUCCAACGCGCGCUAUGCUUAGCCAACUUCACCGUGCAAGUGUGGUCCGUGUGCCGGUAAGCAACAGGUGUAUGUAGCGCAUACGGCGCCAUUAAACCGCUCCCACGUUUCUCUGACUAGCCAAUGCGGGUCAGCCUUACCAGUCAGGUGUAAAGCGUAGAUAUUUCUCUCUCUCUCUCUCCCUAUCUCUUGUUUGUGCGAUAACGAAGCUCCUAUUGCACAACGAUUAUAAUCAACCAACCAAUCGGUGCAGUAAAGACGAAACAAAAAUGGAGAAGUUCCAAAGCUGCAUUGAAAACUAAACAUCCACAACAUUCCAUUUAGCGGUCCCAAAGAAAGGGCUUAGCUCGGGAACGGCCGGAAAAACGAUAGCAUUUUAACACAAAUGAAAACCAUACACAUACACACCCAACACCAUCCUCCUUCGUUACGUGGAGUUAACAGAAACUUUAACUGUUUUAGAGAUUUCUUCCACCGGUCUACAUCUACUUCCCGACGAUUGGCUUCCCUUGCCACAUUCAGAUUGAAGUAGAGUAUCUGUCAGGCUCGCGUAUCAUUUCCUUUAGGGCCACGGGAACCGUUUUGCAGAACCCUGUGUGUGCUCUGAACAUACACACACACACAUACACAAAAAUAUCCCAAAAUUAAAGACAAACAAAGAAUCUAACGGUGCCUUACUGAAAAGUCAACUUACGUCUUUAUACAAAAGCAGCAUGUAGUGCGCGCAAAUGCGGCCUCUAGUUUUGGGUUUAGGGUUUUCGAUAUUUAUAUUUACUUUUAUGUUUUGUUACAUUCCCACCUUAUCUCCAACGAAAGCAAAGGAAAGCUAGCAACACAAAAAAGCAACAAAAAAGCCCUUCGGGUUCAAGUUCGGGUUCUCGGAACUUGGUGAAUUUUCCAUUUUAUUUAGAAAAGCGACAAACACAUGAUACCAAAGGCAAAUUUGUAUACAUUAGAAGAUUUUUUGAGUGUUUUUAAACAGAAGCGCGAUAGUUUGGUGGAGUUUGGUACCCACACCCACACACACUCCACACACAGGGGAAGAUAAUCAACACGAACGAAUCUGGUAGAAGCAAAAACAAAACCAAAUCUCAUAUGUCUAAGAAAGUUAUAGAUUUAUGUAAUUGCAACGUUACUUCUGACGUGGUUUGGGUACGAUUUACCUUAGGGCAGUGAACUUCAGAAAAUUCCCCCAAAAAAAAACGGGAACGUUCCAUAAAAAGAGCUUUUUGUAUUGUCAUGUUUUUUAUUUCAUUUUUUUUUUAUAAGAGCUCCCUAAACUAUGGGUCGUGAGGGAGUUAAAUCAAAAAUUGAAUGUUCUCGAGUGUGUGCAUUUGUAAGUAAAGAAAAAACAAACAAACAGGUAUAAAAUAUUAAAUACAGUUUUUGAACAUUAACAUAUAAAAUUAUGCGUGUGAAAGGAACAUAAGGCCAAGAAGAAUUUACUCACGACAAUGGUAACACAAAUUAAAACGUAAUUGCGGAUGUGCGAAAAAUACUAACACAACAGCAACCAAAUUAAAGUUCUUAUACCAAGCUUCUCCCAUGCCCGUUCCCUUGAUGGAACACCUCCUUAAAUCUAACUCCUCUUAAAGAGUAGGAUAAAUAUAUUAGUAAAAAAAGGAUGAUCGCGAGAAAGAUGCCAAAACCGGGAGGGGGAAAGCUGGCAGCAUUGAAAAAGCACACACAAUCCCCGGGGAGAAAGCAUUUAUUAUGUUGUGUUUUAAUGAAGCUGAACAAAAAUCGAGCCGCACCAUAAACCUCGAGGGGGUGGGUGGUUUUUAAAAUUAAACAUUAAGUGGGUAGGUAGGUACUGUUUCCAGCCUUCCCGGCUCGGCCGGCCGGUAAGCGAAGAGGGGGACACGCGCGCAACCAUAAUUAUUGAUGUGAAAGCGCGCAAGGAUGCGCCGGGUGUUAGACAAACAAACAAACUAGUUCAAAACCAACCAAUUUCAUGAAAAGCAGCGUUAGUAUAAUACCAUGAAACAGGGGUAAAGAGAGAGAGAGAGAGAGAGAGAGAGAGAGAGAGAGAGAACGAACAAAACAGCAUGGAAAAUCGCCACAACAACAAAAUAUAUUAAACAAAACCAUUCAAUCAAAAUCUAGUUAAUUGACGAGUUUAAUAAAUAUUUUUUGUGCAACACUGA